GAAAGUCAAAGGAUAAAGAUAGGAACCACGGCAAUUCUCGCAACGUAAUAUCGUUCCUAUAAGUAAAAUAAGAAGACAAGAAAGUUAAAAAAUUGAAAUAAGAAGGCUUUUAAUUUGCUGAUGAGUUGUGUCUAACGCAUAUGCGCUUCGUGCAACCCACAGCUAGGCCCUGCUCCUCCGCCAUUACACUGAACUUCAAGAAAAGCACCCGUGUCUCGAACGGAUGCCCAUUCCCCUGCACCUGUGUUUCAAGCGGCGGUGCUCCAACGAAAGCAACUUAGACCAAGUCAUGUUAAAUUUCUACUUUCCCAUGGUGUUCUAAAUGCCAUAGUUGGUUUCUUAUGAAAGAGGGACUAGAUUGUUAUUAAUAUAACAUAAUUUAUCAUCGGGAAUCAUUUAUCAUGAUAGUGAAGGGUAAGAGUAUGAGGUGACCCAGUGCAAGGCCAUCUGCCACCUGUACAUCACAGAGAAAGUUAGAGAACACAUUAUUCGGAGGUUCGUACCAAGAACAUAAAAACAUGGAUAUAUGAUUUACCAGCAACAUUAUCAUGCCUGGAAGGUAGUUUGCAGUGUGCUCAAUGAUAUUGAAGAUAUCUGAUUUCUAAAUGAUAUCUAUGGUAUCUAAAUAUACCACGCGGGACAUGGAGCGUUCACGUUAGGAACAGGUAACUGAUAUGGAUCUGGAGAAUAAUAUGCUCCCGGGCAAUGCCCUUGAGCACUAAAGAGCUUGUAGUAAAAAUAAUGAAAAGAAAGCUGUGAUCAGGUUCUGGAUCCGGGGCUUACUUAAUACAGGGGCAGCGGACAAUGUUGUUAGGAACGCAAAUCCCGCUGCUUUGGUAUUAAAAUCUCAGAUUUAAUAGCAAGAGACCAGCAGAUAGGUGCUCAUCUCGAGGAGAACGAAGUAGCUUGAUACGAAACAAAACAAAUCGUAUCGCGUCUGCUUGUAUAGAUGUACAAGACAGGUUGGCGAUCCAAACUAGUCUGCCGCUCCUAACUCAAUCUGCCGUACCAAAUUGAUUCAAACGUCGCGCCCCUCAUGUACUUAAUUCUCGAGUUAGGUUCGGCACAUGAGAAGCGCGACGUUUGAACCAGGCCUUAGCGAACUACCAGUGCAAGAUCGUUUAACAAAUGAACUUUAAACGCAUCUAUAGAGCUUAAACAAAUCUCGCCUGGAAGAACGGCAAAUUGAUUUUUGAAAGGCUUCUUGUUAUUAAUAUAUUUUUAAUUGUAAAUUGUUAUAUAGAUAAGAAAAGAAUUACUUUCGCAAAAGGCGACCCACCAACCUUCAUUAGGUCAAAGGUAAGACGAACCUUCAACAGUUAGAUUGAUUACAUUUGAAUCUUUUUCAACCUCUUUGAAGGCAGUCUCCCUCUAUUAAUGGGAAUUAACCGCAUAAUACGAGUUAAUAACCGCGGGAAAGUGCGCAGAUUCCCUUUUUCUAGAAUCGGGUGGUCCACACGUAUAUCCUUAGUAAGCUGUAAAUGCCAAUUUACAUUAGCUAUCUGCGAAUUACCUUAUGUUGUUUCCUACAAGGCCUUGCCCUAGCAUAUUUGUUUAAGUACAGUUAUGCAGCUCGAGUCAAGCCAUAUUUUGCAGCAUGAGUCACGCCAUUUUGAGUUCAUUCUUUCCCCUUCCAGCCCGGUUCCUCCUGUUUGCGUCUACUUUCUGCUAUAUACCUUUAAAUACUUCUACCCGCCUUUUCUUGCCUCUCUUCUUCUCACAUAGUCAUUUGAUUGUGUGACAGGUGUAUCAGUCUGAUUUGCUGGGGUAAAAAUCUAAGUCAGUUUUUCCCCCCUGGAACCAAACACCGACCAUAGGGGUCCCAGCGAUGGAAUAAAUUGUCAUUUUUACUUGAGAAAAAACCUGUCGACAUGGAUGAAUAAAGCCUUGGCCAAACUGGGCAACAUUGUUGGGCAACAUUCACAAAUUCAUAAUGUUGCUCAAAUGUUGUCCAGUUUGGCCACCAUGUCGGCCGACAAAUUCAUCAAGAAAUUUGUUGCUCGAAUGUUUGAACAUGCUGAAACAUUUUUCGGCAACAUUUGUUGCUCAGCUCUAUGCUGUCCAGUUUAGCCACAUUGUCAGCCAACAAUUCACCUUAAUUUUCCAUCUGAAAAACCAACUUGCACAGUGACGUAUUGCAAAACAGUAUGCUCUACUCGAUUCAAAUAAAAUGGCCUGUCAAAAUUUAAGCUUUCGAGUUGAUUGUACCGAAUGGGAAGAAAACCAUGGAGUGGAAGGAUAGUUUAGGAAGAAUAAAAAGUCUCGUCUCAAACAAGUCCAAAUGCAAGCUCUUUGAAAAAACAAAUCAGCCAAAUGCUACCCGCGUGCUCGACCAUAGAGUGCUAUGCAACAAAGGUGUUGUGGUGUCAAAAUCAGCUUCCAGUAGCUGCAGCUUGCUUUCUAUCUGCCAUACUUACCCAAAUUUUUGCUCAAAUCAAAUAUGGCGCGGAAAACCACAUAUCAGAUCAAAUUUGACGCGCUGUUUUGACAACAUCAUCAAAAGAUGCUGCACGACAAUGUUGCCCAGUUUGGCCACCAUGUUUCGGCGACAAAAAAAUUAACAAAAUUUGGAGCAACAUUGUCGGGCAACAAUGUUGCCCAGUUUGGCCAAGCCUUAAAUAGUGAUUCUAAUCAACCGGGGACGACAUUGGAUGGUCCAAACAAGAUUGUUUAUAUUAGCAAUCCGCUGAGGAGACGGACGGCCUUUUUGCAAAGGAUGAAAACAAACAAACAGACAACAACACUGAAAAAAAUUGACCAAUAACUGAGCCUUGUGGAACUGCAAAUCUGACUGGCUUCUUUAUCUAAUCCAAGCAGAUCUGUAGGCCCUGUUAUCUCAGUCACGGUUGCAUUUGUGCCUUUCCAGAUAAUCAUACGCACAAACUGCUUGAAUUUGAUAGCUCUUGAGUGUGGAAUCAUAGAGAUGGGUGGAACCAUUGAAAUCAGACACCAGGUCUAAGCUGGCGGAUCAGAACAAACUGGUAGGCAGACAAUCAUGGACUCGCCAUUCAGCUUAUUCAAACUUUGUUUAAAAGGUAGCGUCAUGCUGCUAUUUCUGACUCUAGCCAUACCUGCUGAAUCGACCGACAUUCCUCUAGACUCGUGCUUCCAAAAGGUAGCCAAGGGUAUCCCAAAGUGGCACAUUUUUCACAAGCUGUGCAAGCCGAUCAUUAUUGGACAUAGGGGGAACCCUUCACAUCGCCAGGAAAACACUAUCGAGGGAUUCAAGAGCGUGCAAGAAUUCGGUGGACAAGGCUUUGAGCUUGAUGUCGUCUUGACAAAAGACAAGAAGUUGGUUCUCUUCCAUGAUUCAAAUGUGAAGAAAGUCACAGGGGUAGACCGCAAGAUUCAAGACAUGACGUCAGAAGAGAUCAAAGAACUUAGAUACACGACGUCAAUUGAAUAUGGUUCAAAGACCUACACAUUUAGAAGGCGUUUGAAGCUUACUUUUCUAGAAAGAGUCUUAAAAUGGAUGAAAAACAAAGAUCUUCUUGUAUUAAUCGAGACGAAACCUGAUUUGAUCGUGCUGGACGGAAAUGCACAGAAGAACAGCAAAGAAACAGGAAUUGCAGUUGCUAAAAUGGUGAGGAGCUUGGGAAUGGAAGACCAAGUGAUCAUCAACGGCUUUGAUUACUAUGCUGUCCUGUCAGCGAAACUGGAGUUUCCAAGAUUAGUGGUUGGUACAUUUGUUUAUGCAGAGCUAUUCAGCCAGGAACCUGAAACUUAUGGCAUGCUGAAAGAUCAGUUCAAAAGGUUGAUGCCUGGAUUGGAAACAUGCCUUGAUGAACUACCUAAUGACAACAGCACAUUCGAUUUUCUAUACAAAAGCGGCACCCUUGAAAAGUCGAUGGAUGCAAACUACAAUAUGAUCGACGCGCGCAUCUUCAACAACAUCAAGUACGGCGGAGCGCCAAACGCUGACUCGUUCAAGAUGAUUAAGAAGAACUACGGGAAGCGGUUUGUAACAGGGGCGGGUAUCUUUUACCCACUAGGGUUUGAAGAAAGCGUAAUAAGCCAGUUUGAGCCUGUGUUCAAAGCCUUGGUAAAUGCAGGCGCAGAUAUUCUUGUCACUGAUGAUCUCCGGAGGACCAAACAGCUUGUCCGCGAAACGCUGAGUGAUAGCUGCCAUGCACAGAAAAAAGCGGUUAAACGGCGAACCAAAUCGAGGCUGCUCAAACAUGAUUGGAUCUAGUUAUCAAAGCUCUUGCGGACAGAAACAAGCAAUUUAAAAUAAUGUUGAUACAUCAAAUUCGAAAAUGUUGAUGAUAACAAGCAAUAUCAUUUUUCUGGGCUCCUUUUCUGAUUUUCUUUUCCCUCUUUA